AUGGAGCAAGUAUUUAAAAAGGGAGGGAGUAUAUAGAUUUUGUAUAACAAAGUCAUAUUGCAUGGAACAAUAAUAUACCAAUUGAUUCUCUCUAAAUCUCUCUCACAUUUCUCCUAAUUUUAUAACAGAGUAUUAAACAUGGUUUUUUUUUUUUUUUUUUUUUUGGAUUUUGAGGAAAUUAUGGUGCAAUUAGAAAUUGAAAAAGUGUCUUUUAAAAAAAAAGUAGCUUUAAUUUAAAAUGUAGAAAUAAUCUCUAUUAUCUAAGGUGAAAACAAAACCUUACAAAUCUAAUCAAAGAUCCUACAGUUAUACUGUUAUAGUCAACUUUCCAAUAAUUAUUCAAUUAUAAAAUCAUCUUUAUAACAUUUUUUUUUUUCGUUAUUGUUUUUCAAAUGAAAGAUAAAGUACCCUUUUAUCUUUCUUUUGAUAAACAAUAACGAAAAAAAAAUGUGAAUUACUGAAUUUGCAUCCCAGCUGUUUGAAACUUUGAAAGGUAUGCAUAUCCAAAAUUACACAAACAUGAGAUAAUAUAAUCAAGUGGACCCAAUACUUUCAAAUGUGGGCCCAUAUAAAAAAACCUUUUAAUCAGUAUUUAUAAAAUUUACUCAAUUUUCUCUCUCCUCCUAAUCUUUAGUGGGGUCGCCAAAAUCCCCCAAUUUUUUUUCCAUAAAACCCUGAUUCCUCCGCCGUCAUCUCCACCGGAAACCACCACUAUGAGUUCCGAAACAACCAUCCUUCACAACCUCCAAAACUCCGACCAACCUCAAUUCACGUCACAAGAGUCGCAACAACAACAAUCUUUACCUCUUUCUUUCUCUCUCCCUUUUCCUCCGAUGUCAAUUACUUCUUGCUCCUCCAAAUCAACCACCAACAACACUUCUACGACCGCCGCAAAACUCGCCGUCACCCGUCGCAAACACUCCUCAACCAAAGACCGACACACCAAAGUUAACGGCCGAGGUCGGCGAGUCCGCAUGCCGCCGCUCUGCGCUGCGCGAAUCUUCCAGCUAACGCGCGAGCUCGGCCACCGUACCGACGGCCAGACAAUCGAGUGGCUUCUCCGACAAGCGGAGCCGUCGAUAAUUGCUGCUACUGGUACUGGUACUGUUCCUGCUGUGGCUGAUUUUAGUUCACCGGCGAAAUCAUCUUCGACGAAUGCAAUUGCUGCUUUGCCGCUUUCGAUGGAUAAUGGAUGGCAUUUUCCGUCGCAAACGGUGGGGUUGGAGUUUGGGUAUCGGCAUAUUCCGUCGUUUACUGCGUUGUUGCUGCAGCCCGAUGACGGCGAGAUGAAAAUGAGGUAUCAGCAUGAGGCGCAUGAGGCGCAAGAGCAAGGGGAAGGGGAAGGGGAAGGUAUUGCUAAACAAGAAGUUGAGAAUUAAGGGGUGAUUAAUUAGUAGUAAGUAAUGUAAUUUGAGUUUAAUUUUGUAAUUUUUAGGGGGUUAGGGUAUGAAUUAGCUUAUCGGAUUAGAUUAGAUUUUAGAUUAAAUAUGGUUUUUUUUUUUUUUUUUUAUAACAUUUGGAAUGGGUUGAGGGUGCUGGGAUGAUGUAUUCAUCCGUGUGCUGUGAAAUAUAACUGUGAAGCCCUAUUUUUGUUGGAUUGGGGUUUUUUAAAGGCAUUUGAAAUGCGGUAUGUGAUGUAAAUUUUUGGGGAAGUAUAAAAUCAUAUUUUGGUACCAAAGUUUUUGGGGUAAUUUUACUAAUUUAUGAUGAACACUUGAAUUUUGGGUACUUGCUACUUACACUAAACAACUAAAGUUUUGUAGAUGAUGAUGAUAUAGCAGUAAGAUAAUUUAAGAGCUCAGCUAACCAUUUAAAAUGUGCAUUAGGCGUAAAGUGGGCCAAGAAAUAGACAUCGGAUUGAAAAAUAAAUACGAGUAAUAAUAAAUUAAUAAUGUACAUACAUACAUGUACUUAGCUUUGUUUUUGUAUUUUUUUUUUAAUUAAGUAUAAUAUAAGGACCUCACUUUUACAAUUUUUGACUUUUAAAGGCCUCUCCCUUGUUUUCCGCAAUUUCUUCCUUACUCUCGGAGUAUCGUGAGCAAGGUACUUCGGGUUCAAAAAGACAACACUUUCAGCUCUUCUUCUAGCAUCCCCUCCUUCUUCCUGAUUUGCUCCCUUUUCUUCCUGAUAUGCUCUGUUUCCCUUUAUUUUCUUUCAAUCGUAAUGAACUUAAUCCUCUUUUUUCCAAUUGCAAAUUUUUUGUUCAGAUUUUUCUCUCAAUCCAAUCAAUCACUCUUUCUCCUCUUUUCAUCAAUUAUACUCCUAAAUUGAAGAUGAUUUUGCAAAAUUUGAUGUGUAUCUACGCCGAUGAUGUUCGAUUUGUAUCAGCUUGGCUUCAUCCCAAACCAUGGC